GGGAAGAUCUAAAAAUGGCUGCUUUCUUCUUCCUCCUAUUUCCACUGUCAUCUUCAAACCUCUGCCAGUAUAUUUGCUUUCACCAAUUUCAUUAAAUGUGAAUCUAUGUGAUAUUUUCGUUCACCAUUUAUCAUCGUCCCAAAGCUAUUCUUCUGCAUAUCUUUGUUUCAAAUUUUCGAUAUUGUUAUAGUUUUGUAUUGGGACCGAUAGCGAAGCUUUGAGUUUACUCCUUUGAUGAAGCGUUGUAAGUUUCUAUUGAAGAAUUAGAGUCAAGUUUCUCUUUGGUUUUCUUGUUGGGAAGUUACUUUAAUUUUGUUUGUGUGCUUGCUAGUGUUUAUAAGAAAUAAUUUUAAGGUUGUAUUGAAGAAAAUUUAGUAGACUGUAGUUGGAAAUUUGCAAUUUCUGGAGUUUUAAUGGAUUCGGAUCUCCAUCGUCAACAUCAGCAACAGCAACAGAAACAGUUGCAGCAGCAACAGCCGCCGGAACAAAUCAUGAACUCUGGUUUGACGCGAUACAGAUCAGCACCGAGUUCGUAUUUCUCGAAUUUGAUAAACAGUGGUACGUAUGAAGGCGAAGAUAUUGACCCGUUCUUCAACCCUCGGGUUUCAAGCCCCGAAACGGAACGGAUUUUAUCGAGAUUCAUGUCCAGCGAUGGCGGUGGUGAUAAUUCAAGCGCUCAUCAGAAUCUAGGUCAAAUUCGGGGAAACGAACCGCAGUUUAUGGAUUCUAUGAAGCAGGAACAAGUGACGAUUUCAUCUCAGCAACAGCGACAGAUGAUGUAUCAAAACCACGCUCAAUCUCAGCAAGUCGUUCAUAAUAAUAACCCGGUUGUUUCUGGCUCUGGUUCCACCGUGGUUGACCCGUUGAUGGCGAUGGAUCCUCCAACGAGUCUUCUUCGUCAAAGUAGUUCGCCAGCUGGGUUUUUCGAAAACAUUAAUAUCGACGAUGGUUACUCUAUGAUGAGAUCCAUGGAUAAAUUUCAAGCUGCUAAUGACAGUGUACCAGAUUCAUCGUUCUCCUCCGCGAAGAGGUUGAAAAGCCGGAUGACUUUCUCAUCAGGGGCACAUUCAUCUUCUAGACUAUUGUCUCGUAUCCCUGAAAACGAGGACAAAGCCAUGGGAAUGAGUGCCCAUAACAAUGGAAGCUUUGGUGAUACUCAUCCGAAAACUGCUGGUUAUGUUACCACUUUCCCUGGUGGUUCUUGGGAUGAACCAACAAUGUUAACUGAUGGAUUCCUGAAAGAACUUGGAGAAAAUGAUCAAAACUCCCUUUCAAGCCUAAGUUCAUCUGGAAAUCGGAAUGAUGAAGGGAGGAUUCAUGCUCCCACUGGUUUGACUCAUCAGCUGAGUUUGCCAACUAGUUCGGCCGAGUUGUCUGUCAUGGAAAAACUUCUGCAGUUCCAAGAUAGUGUGCCGUUAAGGAGCAGGGCUAAAAGGGGUUGUGCUACUCAUCCCCGAAGCAUUGCCGAAAGGGUAAGACGAACACGAAUAAGUGAAAGGAUGAGGAAGCUACAAGAGCUUGUCCCAAAUAUGGACAAGCAAACAAACACAGCAGACAUGUUGGAUUUGGCUGUUGAUUAUAUCAAAGAACUUCAGAAACAAGUCGAGACACUUUCAGACCAUCACUCGAAGUGUACAUGUCCACAUAAGCAGGAACUCUAACAAGACUAAGCAUAGGUACUCUCGCUUCUAUACAUGAUAUAUAUAAAUGGAGAUAAUCAAGAAAGGUGAAACCUUUAAUUUGUUUUAGUAACGAGAGAACAGAAUCAUCCACAGGGGAAUAAGAAAACUCCAUUUGUUGCUGUAACAAUCAGCCAAUUGUAUAGCCAUUCUAAAGUACUUUUAGCGUAACAAUCAGCUGAGGUUGUCGUUAAGAAAAAAGAUAAAAAAUGCAACCUCAAUGUUAGACCACCUUGUAAAUGACCCUUGGCAUAGAUUUAUAUAUGUAUCCCUGAUUCCUUCUGUAUCUGCUUGUAUCUAUAUCAAUAUCGUUCCUAUUCAAGACGAACCAAAUAUCAUUUCUUUCUU